AUGAUGCGUGAGGACGGGAAGGAAGUGACUGAGUCGAUUCUCAAGACUCAGCUUUGUGGGCCCAUGGUGGUCAAAGCCGCCUGGCACAAAGCCAUGCUGAAGCAAUUCGGGGAGGUGUGCAGGUCGUCAGCUGCAAUGGCCCGGGUCAUCUCUUCGCUUGAAACAAGGGCCGGACUGAUGAAGGUAGCCUCUUGUAUGACAUCCAACAUACCCCUCCAUGGGGUGUCAGAGGAAAACAUCGGCAUAGCAGAAUGCCGGGUCCUAUUCAAAGAAUUCCAAAAGGUGAAGACUUCUGGGCAGCCUGAAACGACUGCCGAAGUUGACAAGCAGCAGCCUCAGCAGGAUCAGGACACCCAUGACAUGGUUGUGGAGUUGGAAACUCUUGGGGCUGACGAGACCAUGGCAACUUCCGACAAGAAGGCUCGUGAGGAUAUGUUGCGACAGAUGGACCGCCUUCAUAGGUGCGCAGGGCCUGAUGCUUUGGCCAGCCUGAAGAAGACGGUCAAGAGCUAUGUGAAUGUGAGCACCAGGACAUGUUUUCUCCUGGACGCCCCCACAUCAAGACCCAAGGUGGCUACAGACUUCAUAGACGGGAUCAAAGACAUUGUCACUGCGAACAGCCUGACGUCCUUCAGCAUAGCUGUGCCCUGUGCAGGGCGGAUUGAUUUUAUGUCUGUGAUCCAAGACAAGCUCGCACAGACAUUCCCUGAAUCGCAAGUGUUCGUGACCAUCCUCACCAGUGGAAAUUCGAUGCAGAGUCAGAAAAAGAAGACAAAAUUUGCUUUGCUGGUCCACCAAUGUCCACCCAAGCACGUGCCGAGUGUGCCAACAAGCAUUGCUUCCAUGAAAGGCAAGGCACGUGCGUGGGAAUGCCUGAGGAUGCGAUGCCUGUCCCUGAGUUGCCCUCUGCGCAGCGAGGCUGACAAGAAGGCAGCGCAAGAAGCCCUGGAGAAGGAAAAAGCAAAGAGUGAGGAGCUCCGCAACAUGAUAGCCCUUCAGAGGAUGGAGCUAAACAGAGAUGAUUGUGCGGAGCCUGACGACGACCACGAGGCCAUGAGUGAGGAGGAAGAUGCUGGCGAGUCUGUGCAGGUCCAGUGUGUCCAGCCUGAUGAGGGCAAACGAGAUUUCAUCAUAGAGCUUUUCCCCUUCACGAGGUCGAUGAGCUUCUACAAGCCUCUGUUGGAGCAGGCUCUGUGUGUCUCUGCUGCAUCCGGCCUGACGGUGAUCCUCACUACCACGGCCCACCCCUCUUCCGGGGUGGCCGCUGUUCUCCUCGGGCAGGAAUGCUUUGUGGCCAUGCCUUCGGUAAACUCACACGCCGAUCUCCAUGGCAAGAAAAUCGCCGAGGACAUGCUCUUCAACAACGCGCGACAGUCGAUGGCUGGAUCCGCAGGAAGCCUGAAGAGACCCUUGAACAACUCUUUGCAAUUGAUAGACGGCGGCCGGGUUCCCGAAGACUGUCCGUGGGAUCUCGCAGAACUGCAGCCUGAUUCUGCUGACACCUUUGCUGGUGUCAACAUCCUUUCCGGAUCGCUUGACGUGCGGGUUCCACUCCUUCUACAGAAAGAGCUGAACGACAAUCGGCUGUCACUCGAUUUCAAUGAUCAGCUAAGCCUGAUCGUCCGGACACACAAUGGGUCCGGUGUGGCCAAAAAUUCACCGCUUUGCCUGAACUACGGGCUGCACUUUGAUCUCGAGGCAGCCAAAGCCCAGCAGGCUGUCGAGACUGAUGACCGUGUGAAGCGGUUUCGAGGUGCAUUGGAUGCUGUUUUGGCGAAGGGCUCCCAGGCGUCGCAAGGACAGACAAGCAACGCCAGCGAGGCAGUGGCUGUGCCAGCCAAGACAGCUGCAACCCUGGCGGCUCUCCCAGCGCCUAGCCCCAAGCCUCCGACGCCGACACCGGCGACGCCACCUACUGCUACCCCUGCACCGGCACCGCCGGCCCCAUCACAAGCAGCUCCGGCAGCCCCGCCCCCAAGUCAAGUGACGCCACAGAAAAUGCCUGACGGCGAGAACAUGCCAGUUACUGAGACAGUCUUGGCGACUGGCGUGAGCACGCACAACCUCACCUUCAGUGAGAUGAGCUUCUACCCCACGGUGCCUGAGGCUAUGGUGAAGCAAGAACGGAAGCGAGCUCGCCAGUGCUGUUGA